AUGGUUAAGCACCAAACAUAUAUGCCUGAUGAUAAACCUCGAAAACUCUUUCUGAUAUUGGGUCUAUUGUGCGUGGGGAUCCAUGGCGAGAAGAAGAUCAACUUGGAGGACAUAGAGAGGGACAAUUUGAGAGCAGAAGACGUAUCAAACUCGGGAAACACGCGAUCCGAAGAACCAAAGUAUUCUCCAAAACCAGAAAUUGGCCAGCAACAGUAUCAAAUACAAAAUCAAUACAACGGACCUCCUAAUUCUCAAGUCGCCUACGUUUCACCGUCGUCGGUACGAAAGAUAAAUAAAUUUCUUUACGCUACGAAAGAACAAGCUUACCAGCAGCAAAAUAACAUCCUACAGGAACAGAUACAAUCCCCGCGAUAUUACAACGAAUACCAGCAACAGUCGUUCUCUGCGAAAGGAAUCGCGCCAAAUAUCUACGAAACGCAACAAUUGGCUUACCAACCGGAAGUGAACGUUGGCAAUCAACUGCAGUCCACUCAACAGAAGACGAUCACGGCGAAGUAUUCGAAAAACCUAAACAAAGACACAGUUUACAUCGACAUUCCCGUGAUGCACCUUCUGGCUUAUUACCCGAAUUUAGAUGUGCACAAUGGUAAAAACAAUGGAUUCCUGGUGCCUCAAUUGAACACAAGAGAACACAUAUCCAUACCUGUGUACACCUCUGCGCUGAGUCAGAAGCCGAUUGUCCCAGCGAAGCCGAGUUACCAGGUUCAAUACGCUUCGAAAUACAAUUCAGUCGCUCCUUCUGCAUUCACGACCAAGAUAACAAAAGGAACAGCGUAUACCACUCCAGUUACCUCCAAAAAAUUUACUACUUCUCCUUUGACAAAUCUACCAACGUACCUGUCACCGGAUCAAUCGUACGCUCAAGGAAGACAAUUCUUGUACACCCAAGCGUACAUCGCUCCUUCUCAGUCUCAAUACGUCCCCCAGUUUGUCUACAGUCAACCAACAACGGUUUACAUGCACGCCACGCCGGUUUACAAUGACAUUUACGCUCGUGCGCCCGUCUACGUCCAGGACAACGCUUUGCAAGUCGGCUCCAAGUACAAACCUUCCAAUGAUCAAUUGGAUACCGGUGUUCCAGUCGCUGACGAGCUAGCCGGUCAAGUUCUAGUACAGCAGACCAGUCAGAGCGUGUCACAGAACUACGUCAAGGAUCUCGGUGAGCCAAGUACCGAUUUGGUGCCACCCCAAGCAGCUGCGCAAAAUUUUCAAUCGGCACCCUUACUGCCAGUUUCGUCGCAGGAGGAGGAAUCUGUUCCAGAUCAGAAUCACGUAGGCCUGUCUGAACCCAGAUCCUUAUUGGAUUCGUACGUUCCAAGUAAAUUAAUUGCGGCGCAAGAUUCUGCAAGAUAUCAAGAGAGGCCGAUCAAAUUGGAAGGAGGAUUUCUGCCUUCGAAAGAGAAUUUCUUGUACAAGAAACGUAAAACUGAUUAA